AUGCCCAAGGAGACCAAGCAGAGACGCGGAAAGCAGGUGGCGGCUGCCCCCUACGACAAGAACGCCAAGGCCCCCGUCAAGGGUGGCAAGAAGGCUGUGCCCGCCCAGCCCGCCAAGAAGGCCAACAAGGGUCCUUCCCCCGCUCUGUUCGAGAAGAGGCCCAAGAACUUCGGCAUCGGUCAGGACAUCCAGCCCAAGCGUGAUCUCACCCGCUUCGUCAGAUGGCCCAAGUACAUCCGCAUGCAGAGGCAAAAGCGUGUGCUUCUCCACCGCUUGAAGGUCCCGCCCACGAUCAACCAGUUCACCAGGACCCUUGACAAGAACCUUGCCAAGAACCUCUUUGCCUUCGUGGACAAGUACAGGCCCGAGACCAAGGCCGAGAAGGCUGACCGUCUUAAGAAGAGGGCUGCCGAGAUCGCCGCUCUCAAGAAGGGUGAGCAGCCCCCCGCCGUUGCCACGCCCUACUUCGUGAAGUACGGCCUGAACCACGUCACGUCGCUCGUUGAGAGCAAGAAGGCUAAGCUCGUCGUGAUCGCUCACGAUGUUGACCCCAUCGAGCUCGUCGUGUGGCUGCCCUCGCUUUGCAAGAAGGUCGGCGUGCCCUACUGCAUUGUGAAGAGCAAGUCCAGGCUCGGCCAGGUGGUCCACAAGAAGACCUCCGCCGUGCUCGCCAUCACCAACGUGAGGAAGGAGGAUCAGCCUGCCCUCGCCACCCUGACGAAGGCCAUCCAGGAGAACUACAACGACAGGUAUGACGACCUCAGGAGGCAGUGGGGCGGUCUUCAGCUCGGCCGCAAGUCCGUGCACAAGCAGAAGGCCAAGGCCAAGGCUGCUGCUGCCAACCAGUAA